AUGGACAUUGACAAUAACAUUACAGUCACAAAAAUGUUGAUGCCUCCCCCAUCCAGCGUACUCACACAAAAGUCUCUUCCACAGCCGUCAUUUCUCACUGCCAUUUCCAAGGCUAGGAACAAGAAGUACAAUAUUGAUUUCAUACAGGUUGAUGCAUCCUUAGAAAACCUGAAAGACACCUACCUACAGAGUGCCAUUGAACGUGUUUGGGAAGUCUGGAGAGCCGCUGGGGGGCCCCUGCUAAAAGGGAAGGGCACUUCCUUUAUAGUGGACCCGGUGCUUUCUCCAAUGAAUCCCCCCUCUGUGUCCGACUAUCAUCUUUGGCCUGGAUCACCUUCCUCGUCAUCCAAUAUCUUCUUACAGCAACUGUUUCCUAGCACACUAACUUCAGCUGCAUUGGAAUUAUCAGGCCUCAGUGUACUUGCAUCAGUUGCUGCCGUCACUCCCUCAGCAGGUCCGACUGCCACAGCUGAAUCUGAAUCACCAAGCGGAGAACAGCAAGCAGAUCUUGACAUAUUCAAAAAAGAUGAUCUUAUUGAAUGGAUGAAGAAUCAUAAGGUUCCUCUUCCAAGCCUCAAGUAG